ACUACUAUUAGUCUGAUGGCGGCUCUGACUGAGAACAUGCUGACAGUCAACAUGUUACUGAGUAUCUUCUUUCUUCCAGGUGCUUUGGCUGAUGACUGCUAUGGUGAAACACCAGCCCUCAGGAUCACUACACUGAAAUACAUGGAAGCUCUGACUGGAUCUUGUUUGCAAAUCCCAUGUACCUAUGAGACAAAACAUCCUGACUAUGACAGCAGUAAAACUAUCUAUGCAGUUUGGAUGAAAGGUGGUGCAGAUUUUUGGGCCAAUCCAAGCCCUGUUAUUUUCAACAGCAGUGGGUCAGUUAACAAAUAUUCACUGAAUAUCACUGGAAACCUGAAAGAGAAAAACUGCACCACUAUGUUUCCUAAUCUACAAACAAGUCAUGCAGACAAAUACUAUUUCAGAGUUGAGAACGGUGUCUAUAAGGCAACAGCUUGUGUUGAUCCUCUUUACAUAACAGUUAGAGAUUCUCCUUGGAGUCCCAGCAUUAAUGUUCCCUCUGACCUGAAGGAGCAUCAGUCUGUCACUGUAACCUGCUCAGCUUUCACUCCCUGUCCAAACUCACCUCCUGAACUCACCUGGAAUCUCCAACAAGACUCUCUCAGACAAACAGAGAAAAACACAAAUGGAACCUUUACAACUAAAAUCCAGAAGAACAUCACUCUGUCAGACACACAUGAUGGAUACAACAUCACAUGUUCUGCCAGAUAUCCUGUGAUUGGAGGAAACAAGACAGCAGAGACAGAAGUGACUCUCAGUGUUUCAUAUGCUCCUAGAAACACCUCAGCAUCCAUCAGUCCAUCAGGUUUGGUGUCAGCAGGUAGCUGGGUGGAGCUGAGCUGCUCCAGCAGAGCCAAACCUCCACCCAGAUUCACCUGGUUCAGGAAAAGCAAAGAUGGAAACAUUAAUGUGUCUGUGGGGCAGGUUUACAGCUUCAAUGUCACUGAAGGUGGAGAGUUUUACUGUCAGGCUAUCAAUGCUCUGGGUAAUCAGACAUCCAACGUGAACAUUAACAUUGAAGGUCCUUCAAAAGCAGAUUUCCCUACUCUGCCAAUCACAGUGGGAUUAUCUCUGGCCAUUAUCGUGGGUUUAUGUCUUGUUUUAACUGUUUGGUGUUUUAAGUCCAAACAAUCAUCUCCUCAACAGACUCAUCAGACUCAGAGUCAAACAGGCGUCGAGGCAGAUGUUCAGAUAUCAGAUGGCAAAGAAACAAAAGGAGAAGUUCAUUAUGGAGAAGUGAUCAUCAUAAAGAAGACACCUGAAGCUUCCUCGUUGCCAGUGCUGGACAGCGAACAGGUGUCUGUGUACGCUCAGGUCAAAGUGCCAAUGGCAGAGAAAUCCACAACACAGACGGCUGAGGGUCCAGAGAAUCUCUACGCUCAAGUGAAGAAAAAUUAACGUUUGUUUUGUAAG